UAAAACCAUUCUUCUGAAAAAAAGCAGACUAUACUUCACCACUUUUCUCAAUGGCUGCUCUUAGAUCUUUUUAUUUUCAUGUAGUUUUUAAUCUGUCCUUGAUUUCCAUGGCUAUACCUCAAGAUGAAAACCAUUUCAUUUAUCAUGGCUUCAAUGAAGCCAAGCUGCAUCUAGAUGGCAUGGCAAAGAUCCACCCCAAUGGUCUUUUGCAGCUAACACACACUACUCAAAUUGAAACUGGCCACGCUUUCUACCCAUUCCCUUUCCAGUUCAAUACAUCAUCCUCUCAAUCUCUUUCAUUUUCCAUCAAUUUUGUCUUUUCCAUAGUUCCAAAUAAUAAUUAUAGUAGCCAUGGCAUGGCUUUUGUCAUCUCACCGUCUGUGGACUUUAGCAAAGCUAUGGCAACCCAAUAUUUGGGACUCUUCAACAGUUCAAACAAUGGCCUCCACACAAACCACAUCUUGGCGGUUGAGCUUGAUACCAUACAAUCCACUGAAUUUUACGAUAUAAAUGGAAACCAUGUGGGAAUUGAUGUGAACAGCCUUAUAUCUACUGAUUCUGCUCCACCAACUUACUAUUCCGAUAAAGAAGGGAAGAACAAAACCCUGCAGUUAGCAAGUGGAAUUCCAAUACAAAUUUGGAUAGACUACAACGGAACAGAAAAAUUACUCAAUGUAAAACUAGCUCCAGUAGGAAUCCCCAAACCAAACAUACCUCUCUUGUCAGCUACCAUCGACGCUUCUAAAAUUCUCUUGGACUCUAUGUACGUUGGCUUCUCUGCAUCAACUGGUACACUCGUAAGUGACCAGUAUGUUCUCGGAUGGAGUUUCAGCACAAGUGGAGAAGCACAAAGCCUUGAUAUUUCGAAGCUUCCUUCACUGCCUCGGGCUCCUAUAGUGCUUUCUCCACCUCCUUCAAUUUCGCCACCAACCCCUAAAGCAGGUGAGAAGGCAGAGCCUGUUGUUAUUGUGUCGCUUGUAGCAGUGGCAGUUGUGGUGAUAACAAUCAGUGGAGCUGUUUACAUUGUGAUGAAGAAGAAAUAUGAGGAAGUAUACGAAGACUGGGAAAAGGAAUACGGUCCUCAAAGGUUUUCCUAUAAGAAUCUCUACAAAGCGACCAAGGGCUUCAAAGACAAGGAGCUUAUAGGACAAGGAGGUUUCGGAAAGGUUUACAAAGGUGUACUUCCGUCUUCUAAUUUACAAAUCGCAGUCAAGAGAGUUUCUCAUGUUUCCGAACAAGGGAUGAAAGAAUUUGUGGCUGAGAUUGUAAGCAUGGGAAAGCUAAGGCAUAGGAACUUGGUGCAACUCCGUGGCUAUUGUAGGCGAAGGGGAGAACUUCUGUUGGUCUACGAUUUUAUGCCCAAUGGAAGCCUGGAUAAAAUUUUAUAUAGCAACAGGAUACCAAACCUUAAUUGGUUUCAGAGAUUUCGGAUUAUUAGAGGAGUAGCUUCUGGCCUUCUGUACCUCCAUGAAGAGUGGGAACAAGUUGUUCUGCAUAGAGACAUAAAACCUGGAAAUGUUCUUCUAGAUGCGGGUCUAAACGGAAAGUUAGGAGAUUUUGGGCUCGCCAGGUCAUAUGACCGUGGCAGCAAUCCAGAAACCACAAAUCUGGUGGGAACUGUGGGUUAUCUGGCUCCAGAAUUUAUUAGAACAGGAAGGGCAACUACUAGCACGGAUGUAUUUGCAUUCGGGGCUUGUAUGCUUGAGGUGGCGUGUGGAAGGAGGCCAAUAGAGCCUGGAAAGGUAAAUUUGGUUACAUGGGUCAUUGAUUGCUGGAAAAGAGGAGAUAUUCUCGAUGCUUGUGAUCCCAGAUUGGAAGGUCUUUAUGGGGAGGAGCAAAUGGAGAUGGUUCUGAAACUAGGAUUGUUCUGUUCACAUCCUAACCCAGAGGUUAGGCCUGGGAUGAGGCAAGUGAUGCAGUAUCUGGAUGGUGAUGCUACGUUGCCACAUAUGACACUUGAUAACUCUGUGAUUGCUUCAUUAGCAGCAAGUAAUGAAGCCUCAUAUAGUGAGAUCACAUUUCCUUUAUUUUCAAUCGAAAGUAAUAUUUCUGCUCUUACCAUUUCCACCAUUGAUUCAAUCCUCUUAGACGGUCGCUGAUUCGUUAAAUCACAAGGUUUGAUGCAACUAAUGCGUUCUUAGGACUGAGGCUUAUUUACAUUAUGUUUAUGCAGUGAUUGUAGAUAUGUGGGGAGAGUGACUUUUCGUCUGUACAUAAUUAUGUUAGAUGAUUGUCGUUUCAAGCCUGUUUUCAAUGAAUGAUUAGUCAUUGUACAUAAUUUGGUUGCAGGAUUUAUUGCUUUGUAAAUUGACUAGAAUUAGAUAGAGCAUAUUAUGAGACACUGCAAGCAAGGCGAAUAUUAUGAUGUAGAUGACUGACGUACUAUUCAAAUUACUACCACCAAAUCCGGAGCUACAUUUUAUCCAUUCUAUUUGGAUUGACUUGUCUAUAUCCUGUUAACUGUAAAUAUUAAAAUCUCAAUAACUGGGUCUGAAAUGAAGCU